AUGUCUUUCUCAAACGGCGGAGGCACGUUGGCACUGCCAUCACCCACGCACGCCCAUCAUAUGGACGUUUCGUCGGCUGUCCGCAGUCUCCGACGCUCCAUCUCUCGAUCACCAUCAAAGUUCUUGUCGCGAACAAGCUCACAAAGCUCGGAUAGUUCACGACAGGCCUCACCACAGUCGCCUUGCCGACGGUUCGGUGCAACCCCUCAAAGGCAAUAUAUAUCGCCAUCGCAACCCCAGACUGCUCCUCCCGCAGUUACCUCAGCGCACGCCACCACUCUUCAGCAAUCAUCUGUCCUGACACCAUUGCGGCCGAGCGUUCGACUUUCGCUUCGCUCUGCCAAAUCCGCCAAGGCCUCGUCCACAUCAUCUCGCCCGUUGGCUCGUGCACGAGCUUCACCAAAAAGCCCUCUCAAACGAGCCUUGAGCGCUACGCCGGAUUCUGGUAAUCUAGGACAGCCAUCGGCAUCAUCAUCGCCCACGUCGACCACCCCACGUGGUCAGGAGAACAAAUCAUCGCCUCGGUCCGUGCAUAGCAACAGCGACAAACCGUCGCGUCAUAGUUUUCAUCUGGACGUGUCGGGAUCGUCACAAUACGACGCCCUAAAGACUUUGGAAACUCCUAGCAGUGAACCCUACAUGGUCUCAACGACGGGCGCGUUAAAGCGCAGUGAUGCGACGAUGAACCUGGACUAUCCCAAUCAAGGCAGUCCGGCAUCGAAGCGACGCAGUCUGCACGGAAUCACUGGCCUCGCGCAAUCGGGAGAAUUCAACAUAUUCGGCACCAACACAUCUUCUUCACAGAGCUUCGACAUCCACGAAGAUUCCCAUUCACCAGAGUACGAACUUACUGGGACAAUCAACGCACCCUCAAGCUCAACUAACCCAAAUCGGGAGCCUUUUGCUUCCCCCAGCCCGGUUGCAAAUCUCCCCAAGCGAUCUUCAUCGCUCAGAAAAUCAACCUUGCAGCAGAGGUACGGCGACAAGAGCUCUUGGGGUCGACGAAGCGGAGAAAGGCAGCUGGCACAAAUGGGUGGAGAUAUUUCUACACCGGCACGAAGCCGGCCUCGCCUUUCUACCGACCAUUUUCUACCUCCUCAAGUACCGCGAGACAGUCCCUUCAGUGCAGGAAGUCCUCUGCCGAAUGCUUCUAUUCAUCCUAUGGAGGGUAAAGGACAGCAUCAGCCACAUCCUUUGUCCAAAACACUCACUACUUCAACCUCCGGCAACAGCUUAACCGAGGAACCGUCAUUGUAUGCGCCGGCAUCCAAAGUGGCCGAAAAGCCCAAGCCGCACGCAUUCUCUCGAUCUCUGCCCUUGAAUGCAACCAGACCAACAGCUCGCUCCAACAAUGAGCACACCAAAGCCGUUGCUACGCCAAGCCAGUCUCAUCAACUCUGGAUUGCUGCUUUCAACUCCACCGGUCUUAUAUCAAAGGUCAACCGAAAUCCGGAGGAAGAGGCAGACAGGAAAAUUGCACCGCCAGACACUCCCUGUAAAAAGCAUUCUAACCCUUUUGCCACAUUUCCUCCCCCGGUUGGAAGUGCGAUAAAGAGAAAGGGUAACAACCGAAACUCUUUCGCCGGCAUUCCCUCCACACCUUUCCACCCAUCCUCCUCACGAGCUCCUGAUACCUUUGGCCAGCCUGCCAAGGGACUCUCUAUUUUUCAACGUGGCUCCGCAUCAAAUGGCUCACGCCGUGGGAGCAUCCUCAGCCUAGAGGGCGAGGACAGAAAGCUAUUUUGCGAUACCAACGACCUACCAAGUGUUUUGGAUGGAGACGUUCCCCCAACGCCAACCAAAACCACGACCCUCACUCCGAGCUUGAGUAAUCUCAGCGAGCACUCACUUGAGAGUCCCAGUGCUAAUCGAACAUUCGCCCUCCCCCUGUCGGCCGUGAAGCCAGCCCCAUCACGGGAAUCAACCAGGAGCCCAGUUGAUGGUAGAAGGACGCCUCAGACACCGCAGGAGUCGCAGCUGCCUUUGGAUACAAGCCGUCUGUCUAUUUCCCAGGCGCCUGAUAAUCUGAACGAGAACAGCAUGCCCCCGCCAGUCACUCCUACUGCUGGUCGUGACUUUCGGUCAUCAACCAGCAUCUUUGUCACACCAGUCAAUGCUCGAACCAGUAGCCUUGAUAUUGACGCUAGCUUAUACUCGCGAUUCGACAAAGUUGAGCAAGUGGGCAAGGGUGAGUUUUCGACUGUGUACCGGGUGACGAAACUGGAGCAUGCAAACGCGUUCAGCCUUGGAAACGUUACUCCAAGCAACGGUUCCAGUCGUAGUCCUGCCAAGGGCCAGGUUUUCGCCGUAAAAAAGAGCCGGCAUUCGUACCAUGGACCGAAAGACCGGGAGACAAAGCUUCGCGAAGUGCGCAUUCUGCAAGCAUUGACACACGCUGAGCAUGUUGUUCAGUACGUUGACGAUUGGGAACACAACUUCCACCUCUAUAUUCAAACAGAGUUUUGCGAAGAGGGCACGCUGGACAAGUUUCUGGGAAAUAUUGGCCGUGAUGGUCGGUUGGAUGACUUCCGUAUCUUUAAGAUUUUGCAAGAUCUAUGCUUGGGAUUGAAAGAAAUCCACGACGCUGGAUUCAUGCAUUUGGAUAUGAAGCCGGCAAAUAUUCUAAUCACGUUUGAAGGAGUUUUGAAGAUUGGCGAUUUCGGGUUGGCUCAACCUUGCACUUCUACAACAGGUGUCGAUGUCGAGGGUGACCGUGAAUACAUGGCUCCCGAGAUGCUCAAAGGCAAAGCUGGCCAAUCUGCUGAUGUGUUCUCUUUGGGCCUCAUGACGCUAGAAGCCGCUGCGAAUGUCGUACUGCCUGACAAUGGUCCCACUUGGAUCGCUUUGAGAUCGGGAGAUCUGUCUGAGGUGCCUAGCCUAACUUGGACACCAUCCAUCGAAGUCCAGAGGGAUGCCACAGGGAACCCUGCAGAGUCUGCACAUAGCGAUGACCUGCAAAGCGGGAGGACACGUAGUGCUGGCAACCUUUUCGGCUCGCUUAAGCGAUCGGAACUUCAGCAAGCUCCGGAGUUCAUGGUCGAAGCGUUUCACCCCAGCUCCCUAGACUCUAUUGUGCGAUGGAUGACGGCACAGGAACCUGCAGACCGCCCUCUUAUCGACCAAGUUCUUGACCUUGAGGGCCUGCGAUGGGUUGCUGAGCACCGUAACGCACCAGCAACCGUUUACGAAGGUAGCUGGGGCCCAGCAGAGAUGUUUCCAGUGUCUAUCGCUAUUGAUAGUGAUACGGAAAUGACGGAUGUCUGA